AGUAAUUCGCGGGAUGCUCUGGGUAUAUGAGUGACCUAAAGCUGCAAAUUAAAACAGAGAGAGAGCAGUGCCAACUGGGAGUAGGGCAAGGAUGCCAAUUCCUCCUCCCCCACCACCCCCACCUGGUCCUCCUCCACCUCCCACGUUUAAUCAGGCAAACACAGUGCAGCCCAAGCUAAGCAGAGAUGAGCAGCGGGGCAGAGGUGCCCUCUUACAGGACAUCUGCAAAGGGACCAAGCUGAAGAAGGUGACCAACAUUAAUGAUCGGAGUGCUCCCAUCCUUGAGAAGCCCAGAGGGAGCAGUGGCGGUCAUGUCUCUGGAGCAACUGCCCUGCAGCCCAAGGGAGCACUCUUCCACGGAGGAGUGCCGAAACUCAGACCAGUCGGAGCCAAGGACCUCUCAGAGAACCUAGCUGGUAAGCCAGCACUGCAAGCCCCCAGUUCCCGAGCGGCUGCCCCCAGGCCUCCAGGGUCUGCAGCCAGCGGCCGCCCUCAAGACGAUACAGACAGCAGCCGAGCCUCACUCCCAGAACUGCCCAGGAUGCAGAGACCCUCUUUGCCGGACCUCUCUCGGCCUAAUUCCACCAGCAGUCCUGGCAUGAAGCACAGCUCCUCCGCCCCUCCUCCACCACCCCCAGGGCGGCGUGCCAACGCACCCCCUACACCUCUGCCUAUGCACAGCGGUAAAACCCCUGCCUACAAUAGAGAGAAACCUUUGCCGCCGACACCUGGACAGAGGCUUCACCCUGGCCGAGAGGGACCUCCUGCUCCACCCCCAGUCAAACCACCUCCCUCCCCUGUGACUAUCAGAACAGGACCAAGCGGCCAGUCUCUGGCCCCGCCUCCACCACCUUACCGCCAGCCUCCUGGGGUCCCCAAUGGGCCCUCCAGUCCCACUAAUGGGUCAGCCCCUGAGCUGCCACAGAGACACAAUUCUUUGCAUAGGAAGACUCCAGGGCCCGUCCGAGGUCUAGCGCCUCCUCCACCCACCUCAGCCUCCCCCUCUCUACAGAGUAGUAGGCCACCUCCCCCAGCCCGAGAGCCUCCCAGUCGAGGAGCAGCUCCUCUACCCCCACCACCUAUGAUUCGCAAUGGUGCCAGGGAUGCCCCACCUCCCCCCCCACCAUACCGUGUGCAUGGCUCAGAGCCCCUGAAUCGAGGCAAACCUCCACCUCCGCCCUCAAGGACGCCAGCUGGGCCACCUCCACCUCCUCCACCACCCCUGAGGAAUGGCCACAGAGAUUCUAUUAGCACUGUCCGAUCUUUCUUGGGUGAGUAGCCAGCCGCGUAAGUCUCCUGGUUCCCAUGUUGAUUCACUCACUACAGUGGUCCAGGGCUUUUGCUUUGAAGAUAGGGCUUUGGAAUGUGAUUGAGCCACACGCAGAAAAUUGGAGUCACCUUUUCGAAGGGCUGCAGGAAGUGGAGGUGGGCUGUGACGUGGCUCUCCAGCUAUGUUGCUGAGCUGCCUGAGGGUAACCUGAGUCCCAAGGGAAUUAAUCUGGUCAGAUCUCUCACUACUGCAGACAAGUAUUCCUGUGCUAGGUUAAUUUCCACCAGUCUGAGGCCGUAGUUCAGUUGGCUUCCCUUGGUGACCCCUCUGAGAGGAGCGUGUUGUUGAGACACAGGCUUUGCACACAGCUGGGCUGCUUCCCCAUUCUGUACCUGAAUUUUGUGGGAAAGGGUUAAGCAGUUCAGUCGUGGGCAACAAAGUGAAACCCCAACGGACCCAAAUUUGUGAAUUGUGUGAACUGGACCAGGAAAAUGACAGGUUGGAGCCCAGCUAGAAUCUUCAUCUCCCUCUUAGA